AUGACAGAAUUUAGACAGCAGAUUCUGGAAUUCUUCGAGCAAGACCCAGAUAGUGAAGGAGCAGCCUGGGACAAGCCAAGUGAACGAGCGGAACAAGAGAGCUGGGGCAUCUCAAGAGCGAGUCAGAUGAUUGGAUUUGUGACAGCCAUUUCAAUGGAUGUCACGCAGCAAUGUAGAAGAAGGCGAUAG